AUGACGCGCUCGCGGCGAUGACGCGCUCACCGCGCGCGGCCGCCGGGCUCCCGCUGUAGCUCGCGCCGCGCCUCAGGGACCGCCAUGAAGGCGACGCCGCUCUCCAACUGCGAGCGGCGCUUCAUCCUGCGCGCCGUCGAGGAGAGGAAGCGGCUGGACGGGCGGCAGUGCUAUGACUACCGGAACGUGCGGAUCUCCUUCGGAGCCGACUACGGCUGCUGCAUCGUGGAGCUGGGGAAGACCAGGGUUCUUGCACAAGUCUCCUGUGAACUUGUACCCCCCAAGCCAAAUCGUCCCACCGAAGGUAUACUUUUCUUUAAUCUUGAGCUCUCACCGAUGGCUGCACCUGGUUUUGAGCCUGGCAGGCAAACAGAUUUAUUGGUGAAACUGAACAGACUGAUAGAACGAUGCCUGAGAAAUUCCAAGUGUAUAGAUACUGAAUCUCUCUGCGUUGUUGCUGGUGAAAAGGUUUGGCAAAUUCGUCUGGACCUGCACCUCUUAAAUCAUGAUGGGAACAUUAUUGAUGCUGCCAGCAUAGCAGGAAUUGUAGCUCUGUGUCAUUUUCGCAGACCAGAUGUGUCUGUGCAAGGAGAGGAAGUAACUGUGUACACUCCUGAGGAACGCGAUCCCGUCCCCUUGAGUAUCCACCACAUGCCUAUUUGUGUCAGUUUUGCCUUCUUCCAGCAAGGAACCUAUUUAUUGGUGGAUCCAAGUGAACGCGAGGAACGUGUAAUGGAUGGUGUCCUCGUAAUUGCCAUGAAUAAACAUCGUGAAAUUUGUACCAUGCAGUCCAGUGGAGGGAUUAUGCUAAUAAAGGAUCAGGUUCUGAGAUGCAGUAAAAUAACAGCUGUUAAGGUUGCAGAAAUAACAGAACUAAUUCAAAAAGCCUUGGAGAACGACCAGAAAGUUAGGAAAGAAGGUGGGAAGUUCGGCUUUGCAGAAUCUAUACCGAAUCAAAAGAUCACUGCCUUCAAAAUGGAAAGCACUGCUGUUGAUACUAACAACGUGGAAGAACAAGCAGAAGAAAUCAUCACGAAAGCCGACCCUCCUUCGGAAGUUUUUGCCAAACCGAUAUUGCACACUCCUGGGACAGCCCAAAUUGGGGAAGGAAUAGAGAACUCCUGGGGAGACCUUGAAGAAUCUGACAGGGAAGAAGCGGCGGAAGAGGAAGAUGAAAUUGAAGCAACUGCUUUAGAAUGUCAGAAAAUGGAAACUGAGGAUACAAGUACAAUGAAGGAAACUAAGAAGGAUGAACCUAUUGUACUGUCCGACAGCGAGGAGGAAGAAGUUGUCAUUCUGGAACCACAGGAACUACCAAAGAAAACAAGAGCACAGACCAACUCGAAGCAAGAAAACACAAGUAAAAAAGCAUUUAACAAAAGGAGAAAAAAGAAGAGAGCUGCUCAUUAAAGCCGUCAUCCCUCCUUCAGAAAUGCUGUACAAUUCAUAAUUUGUUCUAUCAUUACUGAACUUAUUUUGUAGAUAAUUUUAUUUCCUCUGGUCCUGAUUUUAUGUAUAUUUUAUAAAACUAUUGUACACAGCUUUAAAUAAAAAAAAAUUGCAUGUAAGUGAAAUUCUGUGGUUU